AUAAGCCCAGCCCAACCAUACAUACUAACAUAAUUAACAUAAUUAACAUAACUGCCUGGCGAAUCACCAGUGGUCAACUCAUCCACAUCCCUUCCCCAUUACAAUGAGUGCCAGACUGACCUAUUACCCGGUGGAAAAAAGAAAGAAGGAGCCAUCUUCCGUCGAGGUGACCCAGUCGCGCAGAAACAUUAAGACGCUGGGCUCCGCACAUAAGGCGAAGUCGAAGGAGAUCAACCGACCAGAGUCUAUUGCUUCUACUCCUGCAGCAGCUGCUCCUCCUGCUGCUGCUCCUGCUCCUGGUGCACAGCGAAAAUCUGUGCACAAAUGCCGACUCAACAAUGCAGCAAUCCAACGGGAAUUGGAUGCCGUGGCGACCGCGGCCGCGGCAGCCGUGAGUCGCUGGAAGAAAAGCCCCGGGCAACCGCAGGGACAGUCUCAAGGCAAAUUCCACACCAAAGCGAAAUCCCCUGCUCAGACUGCGAUUCAGACCCAGAAAGACAACAUCAAAGAUAGCCCCCCGAGGAUGAGGCAAAAGUCCCGGAGCCAGAUGGAUGCUAAAGCGCCUAUUCCACAGAAUCGGUACUCAAACAAGAUGUGCCAAGAGAAGAAAUCCAAAGAGAAACACCACAGCAUGCUCUGCAUCACAAGAGAUACGUUUCCCUCAGAUGCGAAGCAUCGCCAACAGAUGGAGAUUCUUCAGAGGGAGGAAAGUCGGCAGAUGAAACAGGAGCUCGAGCUACAGGACAACCAGCGCCCCCGCAUUGAGGCGGAGAGCGAUCCGAAAAAGCUGAUCGGAUCGGCGCAUUCUGCCAUUCAGACCCAGAAGGACAACAUCAAAGAUAGCCCCCCGAGGAUGAGGCAAAAGUCCCGGAGCCAGAUGGAUGCUAAAGCGCCUAUUCCACAGAAUCGGUACUCAAACAAGAUGUGCCAAGAGAAGAAAUCCAAAGAGAAACACCACAGCAUGCUCUGCAUCACAAGAGAUACGUUUCCCUCAGAUGCGAAGCAUCGCCAACAGAUGGAGAUUCUUCAGAGGGAGGAAAGUCGGCAGAUGAAACAGGAGCUCGAGCUACAGGACAACCAGCGCCCCCGCAUUGAGGCGGAGAGCGAUCCGAAAAAGCUGAUCGGAUCGGCGCAUUCUGCCAUUCAGACCCAGAAGGACAACAUCAAAGAUAGCCCCCCGAGGAUGAGGCAAAAGUCCCGGAGCCAGAUGGAUGCUAAAGCGCCUAUUCCACAGAACCGGUACUCAAACAAGAUGUGCCAAGAGAAGAAAUCCAAAGAGAAACACCACAGCAUGCUCUGCAUCACAAGAGAUACGUUUCCCUCAGAUGCGAAGCAUCGCCAACAGAUGGAGAUUCUUCAGAGAGAGGAAGGGCGGCAGAUGAAACAGGAGCUCGACCUAAAGGACAACCAGCGCCGCCGCAUUGAGGCGGAGAGCGAUCCGAAAAAGCUGAUCGGAUCGGCGCAUUCUGCCAUUCAGACCCAGAAGGACAACAUCAAAGAUAGCCCCCCGAGGAUGAGGCAAAAGUCCCGGAGCCAGAUGGAUGCUAAAGCGCCUAUUCCACAGAAUCGGUUCUCAAACAAGAUGUGGCAAGAGAAGAAAUCCAAAGAGAAACACCACAGCAUGAUCUGCAUCACAAGGAAUACGUUUCCCUCAGAUGCGAAGCAUCGCCAACAGAUGGAGAUUCUUCAGAGGGAGGAAAGUCGGCAGAUGAAACAGGAGCUCGAGCUACAGGACAACCAGCGCCCCCGCAUUGAGGCGGAGAACGAUCCCUUGAAGGAGACAACUGAACAGGAGUCCAAGACGAUCAAGGAAAUAGAACGAAAGGUGUGUGAGCAUACUGAGAAGAAGGCGGAUGAAUCGUUGUCCAAGGGUGAGCAUAAUGAUUCGACCACCUAUGCGAACGUUAGCUUCCACUCGAAAAAGCUGAUCGGAUCGGCGCAUUCUGCCAUUCAGACCCAGAAGGACAACAUCAAAGAUAGCCCCCCGAGGAUGAGGCAAAAGUCCCGGAGCCAGAUGGAUGCUAAAGCGCCUAUUCCACAGAAUCGGUACUCAAACAAGAUGUGGCAAGAGAAGAAAUCCAAAGAGAAACACCACAGCAUGAUCUGCAUCACAAGGAAUACGUUUCCCUCAGAUGCGAAGCAUCGCCAACAGAUGGAGAUUCUUCAGAGGGAGGAAAGUCGGCAGAUGAAACAGGAGCUCGAGCUACAGGACAACCAGCGCCCCCGCAUUGAGGCGGAGAACGAUCCCUUGAAGGAGACAACUGAACAGGAGUCCAAGACGAUCAAGGAAAUAGAACGAAAGGUGUGUGAGCAUACUGAGAAGAAGGCGGAUGAAUCGUUGUCCAAGGGUGAGCAUAAUGAUUCGACCACCUAUGCGAACGUUAGCUUCCACUCGAAAAAGCUGAUCGGAUCGGCGCAUUCUGCCAUUCAGACCCAGAAGGACAACAUCAAAGAUAGCCCGAGGAUGAGGCAAAAGUCCCGGAGCCAGAUGGAUGCUAAAGCGCCUAUUCCACAGAAUCGGUACUCAAACAAGAUGUGCCAAGAGAAGAAAUCCAAAGAGAAACACCACAGCAUGAUCUGCAUCACAAGGAAUACGUUUCCCUCAGAUGCGAAGCAUCGCCAACAGAUGGAGAUUCUUCAGAGGGAGGAAAGUCGGCAGAUGAAACAGGAGCUCGAGCUACAGGACAACCAGCGCCCCCGCAUUGAGGCGGAGAGCGAUCCGAAAAAGCUGAUCGGAUCGGCGCAUUCUGCCAUUCAGACCCAGAAGGACAACAUCAAAGAUAGCCCCCCGAGGAUGAGGCAAAAGUCCCGGAGCCAGAUGGAUGCUAAAGCGCCUAUUCCACAGAAUCGGUACUCAAACAAGAUGUGCCAAGAGAAGAAAUCCAAAGAGAAACACCACAGCAUGCUCUGCAUCACAAGAGAUACGUUUCCCUCAGAUGCGAAGCAUCGCCAACAGAUGGAGAUUCUUCAGAGGGAGGAAAGUCGGCAGAUGAAACAGGAGCUCGAGCUAAAGGACACCCAGCGCCGCCGCAUUGAGGCGGAGAGCGAUCCGAAAAAGCUGAUCGGAUCGGCGCAUUCUGACAUUCAGACCCAGAAGGACAACAUCAAAGAUAGCCCCCCAAAGAUGAGGCAAAAGUCCCAGAGCCAGAUGGAUGCUAAAGGGCCUAUUCCACAGAAUCGGUACUCAAACAAGAUGUGCCAAGAGAAGGAAUCCAAAGAGAAACACCACAGCAUGAUCUGCAUCACAAGGGAUACGUUUCCCUUAGAUGCGAUGCAUCGCCUACGGAUGGUGAUUCUUCAGAGGGAGGAAGAGCGGCAGAUGAAACAGGAGCUCGAGCUAAAGGACAACCAGCGCCGCCGCAUUGAGGCGGAGAGCGAUCCGAAAAAGCUGAUCGGAUCGGCGCAUUCUGACAUUCAGACCCAGAAGGACAACAUCAAAGAUAGCCCCCCAAAGAUGAGGCAAAAGUCCCAGAGCCAGAUGGAUGCUAAAGGGCCUAUUCCACAGAAUCGGUACUCAAACAAGAUGUGCCAAGAGAAGGAAUCCAAAGAGAAACACCACAGCAUGAUCUGCAUCACAAGGGAUACGUUUCCCUUAGAUGCGAUGCAUCGCCUACGGAUGGUGAUUCUUCAGAGGGAGGAAGAGCGGCAGAUGAAACAGGAGCUCGAGCUAAAGGACACCCAGCGCCGCCGCAUUGAGGCGGAGAACGAUCCCUUGAAGGAGGCAACUGAACAGGAGUCCAUGACGAUCAAGGAAAUAGAACGAAAGGUGUGUGAGCAUACUGAGAAGAAGGCGGAUGAAUCGUUGUCCAAGGGUCAGCAUAAUGAUUCGACCACCUAUGCGAACGUUAGCUUCCACUCGAAAAAGCUGAUCGGAUUGGAGCAUUCCCCGGGGCAGGACAACGACAGCAAGAUUGCCGACUACUUUCUCAAAUCCACCCCCCCGAAGCAGAUUUGUGAAGAUCUGGAGCGAGCGAAUGAACUUAAUCGGGGGCACGACCGCAUAUACGAGUUGUUUUGGUUGGAGGAGCGCAGGGAGGAGGAAAAAUAUCGCCGGAUGUUGGCCCAGAAUGACCAAGAAGAACUCCCAGUUCACAGCUGCGGGUCGUGCCGCCAUCGCCACCACAAACACAACCACAAUGCUCGCUUUGAUAACUUGAGGCCCACGGAGGACGACAUUCAGGAGGCGGACUCAUCGCCGGAGAGCAACUGAUAUGUCCUUGAAUAUUUGUCCCAGUCUUGACGCAAUAUACAUACAUAUAUUUUGAAACGCGAA